AUGAGUGUAUUCAGAGACCGUGCCCCUGCUGGCGCUACCACGCCCACGGUGCCUCAGACCAUGAACAACGGGGACGAAAUGGCGAGAACCGCCGAGUGGUUGAGCAAGGUCCCUGGGGUCGACCGGAACGCGGCGUGGCGGCCGGACUACCCGCUAUUGCGAGCCACGCCUUUUGAUUCUUUCACCACGGGCACAGAAGACCUUGGCGAAAGUGACGACGGAUUUGACGAUAGAAGCGAAUAUGAAUUCGAGGACCACGUGCCGUCGCGUGUGCCGGAGGCCAAACCGUUGAUCAUCUUCGUCUAUAUCCCCGACGAGAACGAAGAAGCCUGGGAGCAGCUGCCGCCGGGCUUGGGAGACCAGGUCGAGGUGGAGUGGACUUGCACUGUCGCGGGAUUCGAGCGGCUAGUAUGGCAUAGGGCAUACGAUCUCAUGGACAAUGGGGGCGACGAUGAGCAGGCUCCGCGAGUACCCAACCCGCAGCUGCGCGGGGUUGUCUUGACCACGCUGGAGCUCCUCACCGAGCCGAGCAAGAUCCUGAUGGAUCAUAUCAACCAUCGGCAAGAGACCUUGAAUGCGCGCUGGCCAUUGAUCUUGGCGCCCGAGAUACACGGCGCGGCACACGAGCAGAUAGUGCAGGCGUUCCUCUCUCAUCGAUGGGGCCUACGUUGGCGGUUGUCGGGCUGCACGAUUGGCUUCUGUAGCUUUCGGGUGAGCCUCGAAGCCCAAGCGCUCUGGGAUCUGGAAGAGAAUGAGCUGGGAAAUCUGAGAUGCAAUUUCUCCCGUGGCGUCUACAGGUUGUUGGAUGUUGAACGGAAUGUCCGUUUCCUGGAGCUGUACCCGGGACAACUCAUGGUCCGUGAUGUAGCACUGCAAGAUAUUUACUUUGCCGUCAGCGACUAUCAUUUCGUGCCCGAAGCAACUGACGAAACGUUUGAUGAGUGGUGCUCUGCUGCCUUGGACUGGGGCUCUCACCGUGGCUUUGUAGGCUGUUCAACCAUGCACAAUACCGUGAUGCACACCGUCCUGUUAAUGUGUGGCAUCCAGCGAGGGGGCUUGUCUAUGUGGCGUGGCAUUGACUCAGAUGUGGAAGAGCCGGAUUGGUAG